AUGAAGUUCUCCGUCGGAGCUCUUCUGGCUGGCUUGUCCAUCGCAGCAGCGGUGCCAGUCGAGGUGUCAACUACAGUCGCGACCAAGGCCGCUGCUAAGCCCGUCAAGGGAAGAUGGUUUGAGCACAAUCGGGCCCAAGCUGUAUUUCCCAGAAGCUCACGCGAGAAUCCUCUAGGCUUCGUGGUCAUUGUUUUGGAGAACACCAACAAGGGUGUGACCAUGGGUGACCCGUACUUUCUCAAUCUCACCCACUGGGGAAUGUUGCUGGGCGGCUAUCACGGAACCACUCAUCCUUCGCAGCCCAACUAUAUCACCAUGGUCACCAACACCAUUGCUGCUGGCGUAUAUGAUGACAGUGACCACAACAGCACUGCGUACAACUUGAUUGAUCUUUUGGAGCCUGCUGGAGUGACAUGGAAGGCUUACAUGGAGGGCUACAAGCCCAAGUCCAACGGUGACUGCAAUCCCUACCACGAGGACAAGGAGACUUUCUAUGUCCGCAAGCACAACCCCUUCAUGUCCUUUGACAAUAUUCGCAACAACACCGCCCGCUGCCAGAAUAUCGUCAAUGCCGAGGAACAUUUUGCCAAGGAUGUUGCCAAGGGCCGCGAUGCCCCCAUGUACAUGUACUAUGUGCCCAACCUGAAGAACGAUGCCCACGACACCAACAUUUCCUACGCCGCCAAGAACACCCAGCAUGUGAUUGACACCAUGUUGAACCACAAGGAGUUUAUGAAGGAUACCGCGAUUCUUUUGACCUUUGAUGAAGAUAACGUCUACACCAAUGACAACUAUGGCGAUCCCAACUCCAUCUACUCGAUCCUUCUCGGCAACGACACCGUCAAAUGCUACGACUGUGUCGAUCAAACCUACUACAACCAUUUCUCCCAACUCGUCACCGUCGAGCGCAACUGGAACCUGAGCACUCUGCCCGGCGAGGGCUGGGACCAGUGGUGGCGUCCAUUUGGCCAGCUCCGUACCUCCAAGGAUGAGAACUGCGCGUUUGCGCCAUGCUCCGAGUACUACGAUGGGAAGAGCCCGGCUCGGUCGGACAGUAACUGGAAUGAUCAGGGUCUGGAGGGGACUGCCUAA